ACCAGGUUGCGCAUUAGUCUCAAUCACAGUUCGAGCCGAGAUACCAAUAGAGCAACAUCGCCAACAGAUCCUAAAAAUAUCUGAAAAAUAUAUAUUUAAAAUCAAACCCGAAACAAAAUCUAUACAAAAUGGCACCAUCAAAUGUGGAUUAUCAAAACAACGAAAUGGAAAUUAUGAAUUACAAUCAUAAGAAAUUCGAAGCAGCUAACUAUACUCACAAGAAGUUUGGUAAAAAAUCAACUAAGGAAGUGACCACAACGCCACUUUUCCGUCCAUAUGCCCUGAGUGAGAAUACGCCAAGGAAACGUCGUCAGCGGGAGGAGCAAACCCAUGUGCCGCAGCAUCAAUUGCCGCCAACACCACCAACCACACCACCUCAGAUCCAACAGCAGCAACAACAAUCACCUAUUCAGCAACAAUAUGCUUAUAAGCCACAUCCUGACCAGCAGCGACAACAGCAGCAGCAGCAGCAAUCCUAUCUGAGCAUGCCUAUUAAUCAUCAAGCCUACUCAUUGAUGCUACAAAAGCAAAGAGCUGUCCUUCAAAUGCGCCAAUUGCUCAGCAUCAAUCCGGAUGCAAAUACUUGGCCAUUGGAAUGGCGUCAAGCCCUACAAUCUCUGCUGCAGCAGUAGGUCUUCCCAACAACUGCAUAUGAAUUACAUGAGAAGGACCUCAAGGAUGGUAGCAAAUGUUGGAGUAGCUGUGAUGUGUGAUUUAUGUUUUGCAUAGCAACCAGUGAUAUAGACUACUAAGUGACCCCCAACACACACAAUGAUUGUACAGAAUUGACAUUGAAUCAAAUACCUAAUCUCUAUAGACUUAUUGUAUAUACUUAUAGAAAUAUGAAAAUCAAA